CCAACAUCAUCGCCACGCGACAUCGUACCUUUCUGCCACCCACCUCGGUCCACAUUUUGCAAUUCAUAAUGCUUCAGAGGACACUGUUCCGCGCCUCAAGACGGGCCGCACGCCCCAUCAACAGAAUACAACCGGCCUUCGCCCCCAUAAGACAGCAGGUCGGCACGCGAGCAGCACCUGCCAUCCGAUGGUACUCAGAUGCGCCUCCUGCUACGGAGGCAAAGCCAAAGGAAGCUGAGGCUGCACCUGCAGAGACAAAAGCGGAACCGGCCAAGGACGAGUCUGCGCAGUUGAAGGAGCAGCUCGAGAAGAAGGAUAGGGAGAUUGUUGACCUGAAGGACAAGUACCUCCGUUCCGUAGCCGACUACCGCAACCUGCAAGACCGCACAAAACGGGAAAUCCAAGCCGCAAAGGACUUCGCGCUGCAACGCUUUGCCCGCGACCUCGUAGAAUCCGUCGACAACCUCGACCGCGCCCUCUCCACCGUCCCCGCCGACAAACUCGCCGACGGGAACCAAGAUCUGAUUACCCUACACGAUGGCCUCAAGAUGACGGAAUCAAUCAUGAUGCAGACGCUCAAGAAGCACGGGCUGGAGCGCUUUGAUCCGUCAGUGGAGGGCGAGAAGUUCAAUCCAAAUGUGCAUGAGGCUGUGUUCCAGACGCCGCAGCCGGGCAAGGAGGACGGGACGGUCUUCCAUACGCAGCAGAAGGGCUUUAUGCUUAAUGGGCGAGUUUUGAGGGCCGCGAAGGUGGGCGUGGUGAAGAACACGUAGAUGAACACGUAGACGCCGUUGCACUCACACGUUUUUGGUUUCACAAAAGAUCUGUAUAAGUAUUUGGUAUGGCUCUUUGGCUGGCUAGUUUUGGCGGUUCGGCACAUUGGGCAUUCUGGCGUUGAGUACGAUUCUCGGCAUGUGUAAAUAUUCCCCUCUCCCCUGAAGAUUUGGAAAAGCGAAACCACGAUGAAGGGCCUAGACAUCACCACUGUACAUUGUAAUUAUUAUAACGAAGAGACUAGGAUAUCUGGGGUAUGGAAGCAAGAAACCGGCGGCUUUGAUACCGAAUUGCUCGAACCUAGAGAUAUGCUGUUCUACUUCAAGCUAAUAACCUGAAGGUCGUGACUUAAAGAUGGCUCCCUUCCUUCUAUCGAAGCCUUACUU